AUGGAUUUUGAUGAAGUGUUCGAGUUGCUGGGAGAGUUUGGGCCUUACCAGAAAAGAAUAUACUUUUUCCUCUGUGUGCAAGUGAUUGCUUGUGCAUGCCAAACAUUUUCAGUGAUAUUUACCGGUGCUAUUCCUCACUUUAGAUGCUCAAUCCCUGGUCUUGACAAUGACACUUACGAGAUUCAAGAUGAGAAUCACCAGGAGUUGGUGGACGCUUACAUCCCAGUGAAGCUGGGGAAAUUAGGGGAGGAGUACCAAUCCUGUUCUCUCUACAACCAUUACAAUACUUCCGUCGGCAACUGGUCUACCGUUGGUAACCUCACACAAGAUGCCUGUUACGAUUGGGUCUACGACAAAAGCAUAUUUAGAACUACAGUCACGGAAGAGAUGGGACUGGUCUGCAAUAACAUAGUUAAGAGGUCACAUCUGCCUAUGUUUUACAUUCUUGGAAGCUUAUUUGGUUCAUUUGGAAUUGGAACACUGUCGGACUGGUUUGGUCGGAAGACAUUGCUGUAUAUAACAAUAAUCGGCCAGCUGGUGGUGGGGACUGCGUCUGCCUGGGUAACCAACUUUACAGCCUUGGCCCUAUGCAGGUUUAUGCUAGGGAUAUCUGGGGUGGGGUGUUUCCUCGCCGGUUUUUCAUUGGGGAUGGAACUGGUGGCACCCUCCAAACGGGUUUGGACUGGUAUUAUCAUAGAAGUAUUUUACACAUUCGGUGAAAUGCUCUUGGCUGGCGUGGCCUAUUUUGUCCGAGACUGGCGUUACCUUCAGAUGGCCAUAUCCCUCCCAGCAAUUCUCUUCCUACCGUACUGGUGGAUCAUACCCGAGUCUCCGAGAUGGCUGUUGACCAAAGGGCGAAGAAAACAGGCGUAUGCCGUCAUACAGAAGGCUGCCGUGGUUAAUAAAGUCCGGUUGCCCCCUGGUUUACUGGACAGACAAGUACAAGUGAAAGAAGCCCCCAAAUCAAAGAUCUGGCUGCUCUUUUCACGGAAAAUCCUACUUGUCAGAUCUGUCGUGCUCUUCUUUAACUGGUGUGUUUGCAGUUUGGUAUACUAUGGUCUCACUUUGAACAGCGGCUACCUAUAUGGUGACCUUCACCUUAACUUUUUCCUGUCGGUUUUGACGGAGUUUAUUUCUUACUGCCUCUGCAUCCCACUGCUGGAUCGACUGGGUCGGCGUACCCUUCACUGCUCCGCCAUGUUGACCAGCGGACUGGCCUGCUGUUCCACUAUACUCACUGUACUAUACUUGCCCGAAGAUCGCCAAUGGGUCACCACCAUAUUGGCUAUGGUUGGAAAGCUUGGUGCAUCCGCUGCAUUUGCCGUAGUUUUUAUUUAUUCGUCUGAGAUUUUCCCAACCAUUUUGCGGAGUGGUGGCGUGGGAAUUGGUUCUAUGUUUGCCAGGAUCGGGGCGCUCGCUGCUCCUUACAUUGCUGAUUUGGGAGUUCUGAUUGGUGGAAAUCUUGGGUUAGGACUUCCGCUCUUGGUGUUCGGUCUUGGGUCUGUGGCUGCUGGGGCUGCAGCCUUAACUCUACCGGAAACACUGAAUCGCCCUCUACCAGAGACCAUUGAAGAUGCAGUAAACUUGGGAAGGAAAUUUUCGUCCGAAAGGAAUGGCACAUAUGAUGUCCAUUUCAUGGAGCUAACUGUCCUGGACAUUGGUACCAGUGUUGAGGAUACGGAAGAGGACUUACAUUAA